AUGCAGGAGCAGGAGGCCAUCACCGACCAGGUUCUUGAAGAGGACGGCGGCGACGGUGCAGGGGAGGACCUGGAGGACAUCGUCAUUGACCAGGUGCUCUACGAUGACGGCGACAGCUGGGCGAUGGAGAAGAAGGAGGCAAUUUUCUUCGAGACGGAGCGCCAGGAGGACGGUGGCGACAGGGUGAAAGAGGAGCAGGAGGCCAUGAUUCACCAAGAUCUCUACGAUGACGGCUACGACAUUGUCACUGCGUGGACGGGUGCGACGGGGCGAAGGAGGGGCAGGAGGCCAUCAUUGACCAUGUGCUCUUCGAUGACGGCUAUGAUUUUUGCAUUACGCGGGCGGUGGCGACGGAACGAAAGAGGAGCAGGUGGACAUCAUUGA